CUGGGUUAGCAUGUGUCUCUGCUGUUAAGUCUCUGUCAGGACCAGAAAUUCUAUCCUGAAAUGCCCCCUGCACCCCUCCCAAUGUUCUAUAACCAUAUGACGUACAUAUGAUGCGUGGACAGUUUAUUGGCUGGUCGUGUCUUAAUCUCCUCAGAAUCUGAACUGUAUAAAAGGACAGAAUGAAGCGUGAGUUGUUAUUUGACACAAAGAGACAUUUCUACAAAAUUAACGGACCUCACACAAGAACACAAGCGACUAAGCAACAAAAGCAUGAAUCUGGACGUAACCAAACCUGAAGCAAAGACUGGAGGCAAAGCCCCCCUCAGAGCCACAGCUCCCGGUUCCCCGCGCAAGUCCGCACCCAAGUUCAAACAGAGAAACACACGUCAAUUCAAGAGCAAGCCCCCCAAAAGGGGAGUCAUUGGCUUUGGAGAGGAGAUCCCAGGAAUGGAGGGACUUGGCACUGACAUCACCGUGAUCUGCCCCUGGGAAGCGUAUAGCCAUCUAGAGCUGCAUGAGCUCGCUCAGUAUGGCAUCAUUUGAGUCUCUUUACUGUAAAAUAGCUUUUAUACUCACAAAGGGAACUA